AUGAUACCCUCCAAGAUGAUGAGUGUGAAUCCCGAGGAAGACCCUUUGGACCACUUUCUUCAGUACAUUGAGGAUGUGGGGAUGAAGGCGUAUGAUGGCCUGGUGAUUCAGAAUGCAUCCGACAUUGCUAGAGAAAACGAUCGCCUGAGAAAUGAAACCAACUUGGCCUAUCUCAAGGAGAAGAAUGAAAAACGCCGAAGACAAGAAGAGGCAAUAAAGCGCAUAGGUGGCGACGUAGGGCGAGGCCAUGACGCCAGCUACGUGGGCAAGCACUUCCGCAUGGGGUUCAUGACCAUGCCUGCCCCUCAGGACCGGCUGCCCCACCCGUGCUCCUCUGGCUUCACAGUGAGGUCCCAGUCCCUGCACUCUGUCGGGGGCACGGAGGUUGACAGCAGGUGCUGCACCCGGAGGCAGCCUCCCCCCAAGCCCAAGCGGGACCCCAGCACCAAGCUGAGCACCUCCUCAGAGACGGUCAACAGUACCCCGGCCAGCAAGAGCGGGAAGCCCCCCGAGAGGACUGAAGCGCCAGCCAAACCGAGACCCCACAGUGAUGAAUACUCAAAGAAAAUCCCCCCUCCGAAGCCGAAAAGGAAUCCCAACACUCAGCUGAGCACAUCUUUUGACGAGACCUACAUCAAAAAGCAUGGUCCCCGGAGGACGUCGCUCACGCGGGACUCCUCGCUCUCGCAGGUCAGCAGCCCUGCAGGGGACCCCGAGGAGGAAGAGCCCGUGUACAUCGAGAUGGUGGGCAACAUCCUCAGAGACUUCAGAAAGGAGGAGGACGACCAGAGCGAGGCCGUCUACGAGGAGAUGAAGUACCCCAUUUUCGACGACCUGGGCCAGGAUGCCAAGUGCGACCUGGACCACCACGGCUGCUCCUCGCAGUGCGCCACGCCCACGGUGCCUGACUUGGACUUGGCCAAGGCCUCGGUGCCCUGCACGCCCCGGGGGCUGCUCUGUGACAUCCCCCCGCCCUUCCCCAACCUGCUCUCUCACAGACCCCCGCUGCUGGUGUUCCCCCCGGCUCCUGCCCACUGCUCCCCCAACUCUGAUGAGUCUCCCCUGACCCCACUAGAGGUCACCAAGCUUCCCGUUUUGGAAAAUGUGUCUUACAUGAAGCCACCACAGGCCGGGGCAUCGCCUCCUUCCGGCCACACCAAGCUGGACAAAGACCCGGCCGGAGCCCUGGGGCCCACUCCUGGCGCUGCGGCGCUGUCCUCAUCCCCUCCACCCCCUUCCACUUUGUACCGAACCCAGUCUCCCCACGGCUACCCUAAAAGCCACUCCACCUCCCCUUCGCCUGUCAGCAUGGGCCGGUCCCUGACCCCCCUGAGCCUCAAGAGGCCGCCCCCCUACGAUGCCGCCGUGCACUCGGGCAGCCUCUCGCGGAGCUCGUCCUCAGUGCCUCCUGCCAUCCCCCGACCCAUGUCGCAGGACGGGGCCAAAAUGGUCCACGCCGCGGUGAACACCUAUGGGGCGGCUCCUGGCGGGUCUCGAUCCCGAACGCCCACGAGUCCCUUGGAAGAACUGACCAGCUUAUUUACCUCAGGACGCAGCCUGCUGCUGAGGAAAUCGUCCAGCGGCCGGCGGUCCAAAGAGCCGGCAGAGAAGUCCACAGAGGAGCUGAAAGUCCGAAGCCACAGCACGGAGCCAUUACCAAAGUUGGACAGUAAAGAGAGAGGGCACCAUGGAUGGGCUUCCUCCAGAGAGCCUGUCAAAGCUCAGGAAUGGGAUGGAACCCCAGGCCCACCUGUGGUCACCAGUCGGAUGGGAAGAUGCUCCGUGAGCCCCACCUUGUUGGCAGGAAGCCACAGUUCAGAACCUAAAGUAAGCUGCAAGUUAGGCCGGUCUGCAUCUACAUCAGGUGUGCCUCCUCCAUCAGUGACCCCUCUCAGGCAAGCCAGUGACCUGCAACAGAGCCAGGUGGCAUGCAUGCAGUGGUUUCAUGGAGACCAUACAAUGCUUGAGAUGAUUGAGAAAAAGCGUUGCUUAUGCAAGGAAAUAAAAGCUAGACAGAAAACGGAAAAGGGCCUUUGCAAACAGGAUAGCAUGCCUAUCCUGCCCAGCUGGAAGAAGAACGCAGGCGCGAAGAAGUGCAGCCCUCCACCCUACUCUAAACAGCAAACAGUAUUCUGGGACACUGCCAUAUGA